AUGAAGGAAGUGCAGUCAAACAUAUCAAAGCCUUUCGGAGCAUACUUCUUCAUAAUGUGCUCCGCCAGUAUCGUGUACACGGUGAUUUCCGUCGUCACAAUGUCCCACAACUAUCGCACGAUAAAUGCAUACGAGCACGACGAAGAGCUGAGAACCAUCCUUCUGGAGACUAUUUGCAACAUCAUCUUCAAAACCUUCACAGACGUACAAGUCAUCGUAUACUUCAUUCUGAAUGGGUCCAUUUCCUUCUUCUACAUGCACAUUCUCCUGCAAAUAGCUCGCCUUGUAAGAUACGGAUUUGUAGAAGGUGUAACUGUUCCAGACUCAAACAUUACACUUUAUAUUCUGUACCUUCUCUCAAAUGUGAUGCGCAUAAUCAUCAGCAUAAUGUGGAGUAACAGCGCAAAGUCUCACUUCUACGAGAGAUGGAGCACCGUAUCAAACCACACAGUAUCCUCCAAAUACACGUAUUUCACCGUCUACUACAUGCUUGAAGGAUGCGCCCUUUUGAUCAUUAACCGAUUUAUUUUCCACGGGCUACUGUGGAUUUACACGUAUAAAUACACGAGCAGGUCGGAUAUGCUGAAUACGAUGUGGUCGGGAGCGACUUCUUCCAUUUGCUGGUACUUUCUGUGGGCGGAGAAAAGGCAUAGCCAGAGAAAGUGGUUUAUGUACAUGUUUUAUUCGAUCAACAUCCUCCGAUUUGUAGUUACGUAUAUAGCUUCUGGAGAGAGGCGGUAUACGCUGAAUACGUACUAUCGGGGGGCGACUGUUUCUGAGAGGCUGCUCCGGAUUGUUGAGAGAGCGAAGGGGAAGGGAUUCGGGCCCAUGAGGAACCGCUUUUUGAACGUGCUUGACAACUUGGAGUACUUUAUCAUCGAUAUCCUGUAUAACGUGUACUUUGUGUGGUACUGCGUGCUUCUGUACAUGUCAAGGGGGGAGAGACGGCCUGUUAUGGGGAAAGCCCGAUACUCGAUCGAGCAGCUGUCCGUUGGGAGCACGGAGGAGGCUGCGUGA